AACAUGCGACAAACUUCAAAGUAGACAGAAAAAGGAGUAGCAAUGUUUAUUUUAAAAAUAUAAACAAAAAUAAGCUUCAAAAUGAACAUGGGACUAUCAAUUUUUUUUUCAAAAUAGUGCGCGAAAAAUGUAAUAUUCUAAUGAGUAAUUUAAAAGUACCGGCUGGCUCUCAAUCAGGCCAUCGAAUAAUUUAUCGCAAGGGCCCCCCGAUAUUUUUCUUAAUGAUGCGUUUCAAUAUCAAAAUAGCGUUGGUAUUCAUGGUUUCUAUUUCGCUUAUUACUAUGAUUGUGCUUUAUUCGGUUUGCAAUGAGACAAGUUUGAAUUCCCAAUCAGUGUCUAGCUUGAAUGGAAAAGAUUUUCGACUGCUAAACAGUGAGGAUAUAGAUUGUGAUAUAAACGGGGAGUACGUGAUAAACUGUAGGAAGGAAGCAGAUGAAAUAUAUGUCCCGUUUACCUUUUUGCAUUCAUAUUUCGAAGUGUAUGGCAAACUCGCCGUAUACGAAGGUACAGAGAAAUUCGAGUGGUCCCACAGUUAUAGCAGAGUAUACCAUCCAAAAUCCAAGUAUGAUUCUAGAGGCAUUUUUAUGUACUUUGAGAAUUAUAAUGUGGAAGUUAGAGACAGGGUAAAAUGCAUAAGUGGCAUUGAGGCUGUGCCCGUGUCCACUCAGUGGGAGAGCCAAGGGUAUUACUACCCUACGCAAAUUGCUCAAUUCGGACUGUCUCACUACAGUAAAAAUCUCACCGAACCAGAUCCGAGGCGAAAAGUUAUAGAAGAUGGUAAUUCUCAUCUCGCAAAUUGGAUGGUCCCCCCAUUUGCAAAUUUAAAACGGACAUGGGAUAAAAGUGCAAACAAAAAUGUACUGCAAUUUAGGACCAGUGAAGAUUACAGAGGAGGCAUAGAGUUGCGAAUGGACCAUGUUUUGGAUCUGGUUUUGAGCUUGAAUGUCUUAUUACAAGGAAACAGUAGUUUCACUGUUGUAUUGCAAAAUCGAGAAACUAAAGAAGAGUACCGUCUGCACUAUAUUGUGUCAGAUAUUUUGAUAGCCACUCAAGGUUUAAACAUUUAUCAUGGAAUAGGUAGUACACCAAAAUGGAAGCGGCUCACUAGGGAUCUCGUAGUGGAUUUACAGAAGGGGCUGGGUUAUGUGAGCAAAGAUAAAUCUAAACCAAAGUUCCCGAGAUCCAAAUUCAAAGUCGUUAAUAUAAUCUUGAGGGGUUCAGGUGCGCUCAAUAAUUUAACCUUUUCAUCUUCCGAGCAUAUACAACAGUUCUAUGACUCAGCAGAAUGGUUCGUCAACUAUCAGGACCUGGAUACAGGAGGGUGGCCCAUACCGGUAAAAAGAAAGCUGGCUUCCGGAUUUGAAGUGCUUCAACCAGGGUGGUACUCAGCAAUGGGUCAAGGUCACGCGUUGUCUGUUCUUUCGAGAGCCUACUACCAUUCGGGUGGGGACCAAAGGUACCUAAAUGCAGCUAUAAACGGUUUGAAACCAUUCCGGGUUCCUAGUUCAGAGGGCGGCGUGUUGGCCACCUUUCUCAACAAGUUCCAUUGGUAUGAGGAAUACCCCACCAAGCCGGCGUCUUUUGUGCUCAAUGGGUUUAUUUAUUCUCUGCUUGGGCUUUAUGACUUAUUGAAGAUUGCGCCCAUUCUGGAAGCUCAGAAACUAGGAAAUUCUGUAAAUAGAUUAGAGGAAGCGGAAUUUCUUUAUUCAGAAGGCAUAGAGACAUUGAAGCACAUGAUCAGCCUGUUCGAUAUGGGCAGCGUGACGUCAUACGACUUGCGGCACUUCACGUUGAGCAUCGCUCCUAACUUGGCCCGAUGGGACUACCAUGCCACCCACGUAAACCAAUUGCUUCUGCUCGCCACUAUCGAAACCGAUCCGAUUUUCAAUCAAACCGCGGAGAGAUGGUUGGGGUACAUGAAUGGGAAAAGGGCUGAUCACAACUGAGGCCAGAUUGUUCCAGAAGUAAAACAAGCGCUCUAUCAAGGGAAGUGUAUGGUAAUGCAAGGUAAAAAUGUUGAUUGAGUCACUUUCUCACCAGCAAUGAUUUUAUCAUUGUAAAGUGCUAACCUGAAAAUUUGUAGGUUAAGGGUCGGAGUGAGGAAGUUUCGAUUGUCGCUGGUCUGCUAUUUUCUACUUUUCUUUUCGCAGUUUUGCGCACGGAAGGUUUUUCUUUCUUUAUAGAUUGAUCGGUUGAUUUUAUUUGGAAGAACCUCGCGUAUAAAUAUUGUUUAAGUCACAAUGUGGACCUGAAUAGAAUUAAUUUUUAACUUUGGAACAUAAUGAUGAUGAACUGACAUAAUGUCAAAUAUUUAACAUAAUUUUUAAAUGGCAAGGGGUGGGGGCAUAUAAUACUCUUUUGAGAAGUAAUUUAAUUCGCUAUAUAGCAUUGUUUUUAUCAAACAAUACCAAUAUAUCGAAACCCAAAAAAAACUUAAUAUGCCCGUUUAUUUUAAUUUAAACAUAAAAUAAAAUAAAUUUGUUUGCCUUGGCCCUUUUGGCAAUAAUUAAAAAUUAACCUGUAGGUUGGCUAGGUGGUAUUUAUCUAAAAGGUGGGAGAUGUGAUCCAAUCGAGUGGCCAGCCCAUUCACCAGACAGCACUCUUUUGUUUUUUUUAAUGGGGCUAGCUAAUAGCAAAAAUGUAUAAAACAAAAUAUUUGUUAGAUACCUGUAUUAUGGCCCAGAGACAGACAUUAAUACAGAUUAUUUACUGAAAAUAGAUGAGAUGAUCUAUCAUACUUCUCGUUGAAUACGUUUGAGGUUAUGCAAAAUUUUGACGUUUGGUUAGUUUAAAAACUCUGUCACUUAGCUCAGCUGAUUUUUUGAACUCUUUUAUAUCUAGUGAAUACUAAAAAAACGGUCUCCACACUUAAUUAGUCAAUAAUUUCAGUGGUAACCUGGAUAACUUGAAAAUUCAGGGUAUUUCAAAAAGGUCAAAGAAAGUCAUGUACUUUUCACAUAAAAAAAUUUGUAGUUUUAUAUAAAUUAUUGUGACACUAAUUGUUGGUAUUGAGGAGUGUUUGGGCCAGUUACGGAAGGCUAUAAGAAGAUGGCAUAACAUGAAGGGCGCUUUCUAAUUGAGCUUCUUAAAGCUGGCAUUAGAAGUGCGCGUGUUCUGAGCAAGUCUUGCAACAUAUAAUCAUUUAUGACUUGACAACUUGAACUACAAUAAAAGUAAGAUAAGAAAUUUUGAUGCAACUUUAUCUCCUUCUUUUAGCACUCCGUACGUAUGGUGACACAAGUAGAGGAAGCUGUAACCGCUUCAAAUAUACUCUUUUAAGUUUAGAAUUUUUGAAUUCGCUUUUCAAACUGUUAUCAAAAUUUUCAGAAAUUGUUUCCUAUUUAGUGUUGCAAUGUCGAAUUAUUUUACUUUUUUUAAUUACUGAAAUUUUUUAAAAAUCCAUGCAUAUAGGAUUUUUUCAACGGGUGAUCGGAAAUGAUGAACAAAAAAUUAAUUGCCGACUCUACUCCACGAAUUCAUAUAUGUAUUUUUUAAUAUAAGUCAAAUAUAAGGGAAAAAAACUUUUUUUGUGAAUUUUCCUUAAUAACUUUCAAAAUAAUUUUGAAAUAUGCCUUUUAUAGGUCCACAUAAUACUGUGCUAAAACUUUUGCGCAAUUCUAUUCAGUGCUCGUACAAAAACCGUGGCAAAUCUUGUGGGCCACCUUGUAGGUUAUAGUGCAGUUAUAUUUGAAGAAAUCCGUAACGGUUUCGUUCAAAUUAAUAUUUAAAUAAAUGAAAAGUGAUAUUAACAAAACCCAUUUAACAGCGGGUCAUAAUUAACAUUCCAUAUCGUUAAGUUUAAAUUUUUGUUAAGAGGUAAAGUAGUAUUUUUUGUUGUUAAAUUAUCGUUUCGUUGAAUCGGUGGGGUUGUUUUUUUUAUAGAUUUUGGUCGUUGGGGUCUUCGAUGUAGCUUAUUUCGGAUCGGUAAAAGACUGAAAAACGACCCGACACUUUCGUUUUAAUUCGUCUGAAAAUAACUUAACGCACGGACCAAGUACUUUGUCUUCUGAUACGAUUAGUUUCAAAAAUAUUGCCAACCUAAUCGCUCGAAUUUCGACCGACGGAUAAACGAAAACGCUCGACAAAGUCACUUUAGUCUUUUUAAUAUAGAAACUAUUGAAAGUCAAUAUUACAUUUUUAGGUAGAUUUAAUUUAAUAGCGACAAAACCGACCAUACUGACAUUAACGGCCAUUUAAUACGGAAUACGAUAAAUUAAUUGAAAAUUUUCCGAUGCUUUUCUGUAGGGGGCAGUGCGGUCGGUUUUUAUAAGGUUCGCCAAGUUGACAGGACGCACGAAAUUGAUUUUUUCCUCCCAAAUGUUUUUUUUUUGGUUUGGUGUGGGUAGAAGCCGUCAGUCAGGGUCAGCCUCUUAAGGCGGUCUUUUCUAGUGCAGCUAUUUUUGUAAUGUCGCCUUCUCAGUUCUUUAAUGUAAAAUGGCGUAACAGUCAAGAAUUAUUAUUUAAAAAAAUAACGAAUACUUUCAAUAAAAAAAUGCACAUUUUUAAGUAAAAUGACCUUCAUAAUAAAUGUAUAGUGAGAUUCUUGUACAGUAUUUCCAUUUUUCGUUGUUAUUGCACAGGCCAACAGACAUUUUAGUGCCUGUGAUUUUUUAAUUGUCUUUUUUAGAUAGGCUAAUGGGACUAACCAAAAAUAACGGAGCCACAUGCCCUAAAAGGAAUAGACCUAAAAAAUCAGUUGUUGGAUUUCCGGCACUAAUUUCGUAAUUUCGUAAAACAUACAUAACAUAUAAGAAAUUUAAAACACACUACAUCUUAAUGAGAUGAUGAAAGCCGAAUCUUAUGGCGUACUCAGUUUUUUUUUUUUGUAUAAGAUAUAAUUUUUAAGAUACUAGCUAAAUUUGAAUCUUUUUAAAACACCCCGUAUAUUUUUUAGUGUUGGAUUACGUUUUUUAUUCAAUUAAAAAAUCUUAAUAUAUUUUUUUAAAUAAACAUAUUUUGAUAUUUUAGGAAAUGUAUUUGUUUUCUCUAUUAAUUUUUACUCUUGUUAAUAUGUUAUUAUUAUUAGUGUUAUUAUUGUUAUUCUUAUCAUUUUAUUACGAAAAAUAGUAAACCUAAGAAAAUACGAAUUUUUCUUUGAAUAUUUUCAAGAAUUCAGCGGCGUACUCAGAUUUUUGUGUUUUGAAAUACAAUCCAAAGGUGAAACACCAUGUAAAUAUUUUUGAUUCAGCUUUUUAGACGCUCUGGUUAAAGAUACCCACAUUUUCAGAGCAUACUCUAAUUUAUUUUUUUGAAACAAUUUAUAUAGUAAACAUCGAUAAAAGUUUAGUAUUUUUUGUAUUCUAUAGUUUGUGUUUUUUGCUGAUAAGGAUAAUAAUAAUAAUCAGAAUAAUAUGUUAAAUGAAAUAAAAUUAGGGUAUAGCGUAAAAUGUUAAAAUUAUAUGUUUAUUUAAAAUAAUAUAUUUAUGCAGUUAUAGAUCGUACAAAAUCGUAUACAGGGUGAUCCGUUUUUUAAAGCAUAGCCUUGGUUCGUAUCUGAAAAAAUAUCUUUUACAAAAAAUGUAAGUUGGUCACUGCAAGCUGUUUCUUUCCAUUAUAUUUUACAACUCCACUUUGAGAGACGAACUACUACUGGAAUUUUGAAUUGUUUUGAUUAUACAUAUAUCUAUAUUUUCUAAAUAGGACGCCGCAGUAUUCAAUGGAAUAAUUUUUCAGUAAAAGUGUUUUAUUUUUAUUAUUUGGUAUAAUUUGGAAAGGUGAUGGAUGAGCACCGUGUCCUCGAUACUUGACGGAUCGGUCAUAGUAUUCUUAGAAAUAAAUAUAUUUUACUAGAAUUUUCACCGAAUAUUAUACAUAUGUACAUAUUUUAAUAAAGAUAGUGUGAAUAUGUUAGUAUUACGAUGUUAUAGAAAGAGAACGGUGCACCAUGUUUAAUAGAAACUAUAAAAAUCUCACAAAAUUCGAUUCAAGGGUAUAUUAUACAUAUACAGGAUAGCUAACUAUUUCGGAAUUCUUGUGUAUUAUCAUAAUAAUUUAUUUAAUCGAGAAGUUUAUACUUCAAAUUUUUUUUCCAAUGUGCCGCAUCGGUGAAAAUAGUUGCCAUUAUACAGGGUAUCUCAACUCACAGAAUCCGACUUCCUUAUUUAACUCAGCGAUAUCAUUUUUAUUGCAAUAAAAGAUAGCCAAAUAAAGGUCUAACACGCUAGUUAAAACCGCAUUUUGAGAACUCAUAUCUAAUAUAAUUAAAAGAAAUACAGACAAAAUAAUGGCGUCAUCUUUAGGAAUGUUUUCAUUAUACUUACCAUCAUUAAAUAAUUCGUUCUGUUAGCAAUAUGUAUAUAAAUUUACUGUUAAGACAAGUAAUAUGCGUUCCGAUAUGAUUGAAUAUUGCGAUACUAUAUGUUACAUUAAACAGAAACAAUAACACAGAUAAAACACUAAGAUUUUUGCGUUUUAAUGCAGGAUACUUCGUCGCGUAGAUAGUUAGUUUUGCAAUAUUUAAGUGAAUGUUUUCGCUUAUGUAACUUUUUUCAAUAUUUAUAAAUCUUACAUUUUGUGUGUUUGAUCCGAAAGGCGUCCUUGUUUUAAUAAACUAACCAACAAAUACCAUCUAUAAUAAUAUAUAAUAUAUAAUGUUUGUAUGCUGAUAUUUGUAAUGAAGGUGUUGUCCAUUUUAACGUUGAAUAAAAAAGUAAUGAAGUAAUAAAUGUGAUAUAGCGUUGUUGAAGUACUUUUAAAAACUUGUCGACUUAUUAAUCUUUAUAUUUAUAUACGACAUAUACUAAACUUAAGUAACCUGACAAAAUUAAGGGCAUUAAGGAAAAAUGCAACUGCAAAUUGCAAAGAAUAGGGCAGGAAAACUGGAUAAUAUUUUUCUUUCCUUUUGCACCGGUGUAUAAUAUCCUAAAAAGACGCCUUUUCAACAACUUCAAGUUCGACUAAAAAUGUUCGGACACCUCCAACCACUGACCCUUAAGAGGUGGAGCAAAAACUAAUCUACGAAAGAGAAUUAAAUUUCUUCUAGUUAUCUGUAAUAAUAGGAUUAUUUCUCAAAAAUCGGGAUUUAACAGGAAACAUUUUUAAAUUAAUCGAGAUUCUCUCUCUUUCUGUCCAAAAAUGAAAUAAUAUAUAAUAGCAACUAUUUUAAUUACAUGCAGCACAUCCGUUCAAAAUUUAUAGAUAAAAUAAAGUGAAGAUUGUAUAAAAGAAUCCUGCGGUAGCGAGUCACCCUGUAUAUAUAAAUAUUGUUUAUUAGAGCUAGCUAAAUACGAGACUUCAAGUGUCGUAGCUAAUAAUCGUAAGAUAUUUCUCAGCUCGAACUGCGAGCAGUCGAGUAAGCGGUCGAUGCAAUUUUAAUCAUUAUAAGAGCUUACUAGUAUGCCUAAACGAAGGUACCUUGCCAUAGCGUCUUAGUCGUUAUCACAAAGCGUGGGUGUGAUUUGAUAUGUUCCUUUCUUCCAUCUUCCUAAAUAACAACCAGCUUUAACUUUGUACUUAGCGGUUUUUUUUUCGGUUUUUAUAUAACUUACAUUUUUGUCAAUUUAAAUUAAGUUGUAGAAUAGGGACAUUUUUAUUUUAUUUUUUAAUUAGCACGUUUUCUUUUAAUUUAUUGUACAAACGAAUGUUUUCCUACACACCUGUUUUUUCCCGUCCAUUUAAAGAGAACUUUAAUAAAACGUUGUAAAUAAUCUAGGAAAUAUAAUAUACAAUUUCGAUUAUAUAAUUUUCUUAAAACUAACGUAUUUUGAUUUGUAGAUAAUUACUAGUCGAAAUCUGUUGUGAAAACAACAAAAUCGUCGGAAACUUGGAUAUAAACUUUUGUAAUAGAGACUCUUAAUUGCCAAAUCUUUUUUAAUUUACGAGUAAUAGACAAUACUGUUACUGCUCGAUUUGAUUAUUUCUUGAAGAAAUUUGAAGUUACACGCUAUUGUUUGAAUAUAUUAAGUGACUGACAAUAAUGUUAGAAAAAAUAAAUGUU